CUGUAGUUUACAAACCUCCCUCACUCCAGGGAAGACUGCACAGAGACGAGCAGCAAAAUGAAGCACGUUCUGGUUUUGGGGAUUGUUUUUUCUGCACUCCAGGUUGUCCACACCGUUCCAGAUUUUUGUAUGUUACCCUCUGAUGCUGGGAAUGGCAACGAAUACAAGUUCUUCGUGUUUUACGAUCACGAGACAGAUCAGUGCAAGCCUUUCUUUUACUUUGGUGCAGGAGGCAACGGCAACCGCUUUGCUAACGAAAGAGAGUGCCUGAGAAACUGUUCAACCAAUUUUGAGAGUAGAUACCCAAUGGACGCUUCCGAUGCUUGCCACUUUAAAAAGGAAAGCGGCCAAUGCGGCGGCAGUUUCUUGAGAUACUACUAUGAUUCGGUUCACGACAAGUGCAAAAAAUUCCUUUGGACUGGAUGCAUGGGAAACGGAAACAGAUUUUUUGACCAAGGCAGCUGCAACGCCACCUGUGAUGGCAUCCACGAUGAUGGUGAUGACCCGGAGGAGGACGAGCCGGACACACCCAUCGCAAUCAUCGUUGGAGUUUUGCUCGCAGUCGUCAUAUUCGCCGUGAUCAUAACCGUGGUCUUCCUAGUUGUAAGGUCAAAGAAACAGAAAUCGAAGAAGUCUCCGAGGAAAAGUAAAGAACCCCAGACUGACACACCUCUUCAGGAAAUGUCGUAGAAAAUCACAUCGCUUGGACACGUGUAGAGUUUUUAACCAGAUCGGUUUAUCUGAAUGUUUCUACUCUUGAUAUCAAACAUAUCAUGUUUGCUACCACUAAGAUUUAAGUUCAACAGUGAUUUUAUUAUGUUGUCGUGUGUUUCUCAGUUUUCUAUUUUGUUUCAUCACUAUUACAAGUGAAAAUUGAUGUAAAGUAAUCACAUUAAAGCUGCACUGUUUUCUUAAAUGAAUCAAUGUCUAAUCCAAAGAAAGGACAGAAGUUAAAUGGUGGCAGCCAAUUACUUAGUUAAUGGAAAAUGAAAAUCAACCAUUUCUAUGUUGAAUUGAUCAUCAAAGUAAUUUCUUUCCUGUAAAAUAUCAAACAAUAUCAUGUUUUCUUUUAACUUUCUUUCAACUAUUUUCUUGUAUUUUUCUUUUGUGUCUCACGUGCCUUAAGUGAACUGAAUAUUUCGGUUAGACAAAAAUAAGUGAUGUAACAAUUACACUCAGUCUUCCUCACAAAAUCUGAACUUUCAAAGAGCAGUUCAUUCAAUUUGUGAGAAAAUACUUGAUUGUUAGCAUCAACCUGAAAGGAAACACCAACCGCCAAGGACACCGAGUCAGACAAACAUUCAAGUAUAAACAGGAGCAGAAUUACAUCAUUUCUGGUACUCAUUGUCUUGUGCAUGACCACCUGAAAUGGUUUCAACAAUGUGAUCUCGUGAUCAUUUCAGUGUUCAAAAUAUCACAUCGUCGUCAUCACCCGCUGAAAACUGCUUGAAGUCUUUUGAAUGUACGUGCCAAUUCCAAACCCAACACAUAUAUUUAGAACUGUUUUUGUUCACUGAUGCCUUGUGCCCUCUCUGUUAUUAAGUUUUCCUGCUCAGUAUUUGUGAUUUUUAGAAAGCAGACUUUAAGAUUUUCAAACGUUUAUCUCAGAAUGUGUAAUUUUGUUUAAUCUUGCUUUUUAUGUCAUUGUAUUUGGGAUAUAAUAUCGUGCUCAACACUGAUUAGAUAAUGCAUUGUUUGAUGAGAAAUAUACUGAUGGAGCACCAUUUUUUUUACCAUUCCGUGUAAGAGAUAUAAAUAUUAACAAAACAUUGUAUUUUAAUGCUAAAGAUAUUCUCAGUGUUGUUCUAACAAAAUAUAUUGCAGAUGCUCUUAUAUUGUUUGAAUUGCUACAGGGUGAAAGUUUCACAGAAAACUUCUUUAAUUUGUUCAAUGAAAUAAAAUAAAACAAUACAGAAUGCGA